UGCCAAACUUCGCAUAUGUUUGAUCCUGAUCUGGCACUAUACACAAAAGAUUUAAUUCGGUUCUCCUCGGUUAAGCUGAAAAUCCAUCACACAGUCUAUCCCCGCUGCAGUUUGGUCCGGUUACUGGUGUACCCCUCCGGUGUGUGAAAAGUGUCUAUUUAGUGGGACAAAAGUGAUUGAAAUUUUCGGGAAAGUGCUCGAUAGUGCCACCGUUUGCGGUUGUUCAUCGACAGAGGUAGACGAGGAGAAGCAACCAUCGCAAUAGAGGAUCUACCCGAGCCGCACACACCAAUACUUUGCACAGCCUGAAGCAGCCAUCGCAGCAGUCGUAGCGGUGGCAAAAAAUAUCAAGGGGGUCAUUUGCUAGGGUAUCCCUGGUAAACCCAAAAUCGGUGACAGAGAAACGAGUCUCCGUGCAUGCAAACGUAUACCAGACCACGAUGUACGGGGUGAAGAUAGAACGUAAUUCAACAGUGUGGUAGUGAGAUCGGGCGAUUUUGGUUCGUGCGUAGUGGUUUCACAUCGACCGGUAGUGUGAGGUGAUGGCAGCAGCAUAACCCCUGAGAUCGCCUGAAGUUGUGCAGUUCUGUCUGUGUUAGUGCAUGUGUGUGAUUGGGUAUUUACAGCGGGAAGAAAAGAGCCAUCUUUACGGUUUCUGCGUAGUUGUUCACGAAAGAUCUGACGACGUGAGCUGUUCCGUCGAUUUUGGGGCGCUUAGCUGCUGUUUGUGUAUGUGCGUGUUAUGUGGUGCCACUUUCGAUGAAGUGAAGUGAGCCUUCAUUCAGUGGAUAAGCAGUAGCAGAACCAAAUGCAUCUCGCGAAAGUUGCGGAAGAAACAAAGGUACUCGCGUCCUCGAGGAAGUGAAAAAUAUAUCGGUUUUUUUGUGUGUACACACGAAAGCAGCUUGAUCUGCUGGAUUCGCAAUAUCGGGAGCUUCGUCGGAUUGCGGUCGUGCAAUUUGUGUCCGACGGAUCACAAUGACUCCCCGGAAAUAAAUGGCCGAGCUACAUUAGUAAAACAAACAAAUAAUACUAGUUUUAGUGAUGAUUACUAAAAAGUGCUGAUAAGUGAUAAAUAUGUCGGAAUCCGUCAUCGGAAGUGAGUCAAACAAUCAACUGUAAAAUAGUACUAGAGUACUACUUUUACCCUCACACUACAUCAGGCGGAAGAUAGUCGCUGCUCAACUAGAAGACGAGAAGGCGUGCGUGCGGUUCAUUUGUUGUGCCGACAAAACAAAAAAAAAGAAUAAGGUUAUUUUGUGAGUGCACGUGCGUGUGUGAUUUUGUUGUGUGUACCAUACUAGAUAACAAAGGAAGAAGCAAAAUAAGUGAGAGCUGCUGCAGCCAAAUUAAUAGGGAAGGCAAAUAUUUCAAAAAUUAAGUGUUAUCAAAAUGUAUGCUAAGGGGAAGGCGACAACGGUGCCGUCGGAUGCACAAGCUAGAGAAAAAAUUGCACUAUACGUUUAUGAAUAUUUAUUACACGUAGGGGCGUCGAAAGCAGCACAAACAUUCUUAUCGGAGAUACGGUGGGAGAAGAAUAUCACACUAGGCGAACCUCCGGGCUUCCUGCACUCGUGGUGGUGCGUAUUCUGGGAUCUCUACUGCGCGGCACCGGAACGGCGGGAUACCUGCGAACAUUCAUCCGAAGCCAAAGCAUUUCAUGAUUACGGUUUCGUGAGUUCAGGCUACGGAGUGAACGGAAUAGCACACAAUGCCGGUCCAGCGCCGAGUCCGCUGGGACAGUUACCACCAAACGAGGGCAUGCCUGGCGGCCCGAUGGCACCAACUGGAUUCUUCCCGAACUCCUCCAUUAGGCCAUCACAACCUUCACACCCUAGUAGUGGGCAGUCCCCACACCCACAACCACCAAACUCGCACGGACAGAUGAUGAGCGGUCAGCCAUUCAUGGGAGGCCCCCGAUAUCCCCCUGGGCCCCGACCCGGUGUCCGAAUGCCGCAAGGAAUUGGAAACGAUUUCAAUGGUCCUCCCGGACAACCAAUGAUGCCAAAUAGUAUGGAUCCCACGCGGCAAGGUGAAGCUGGAGACUUUGUAGCAUGGCAAGGCCCUCCAGGUAUGGGUCCGAUGAAUCCUAGAAUGAAUCCACCUCGCGGCCCCGGAAUGGGCCCCAUGGGAGCCGGUACGUACGGGCCGGGAAUGCGUGGCCCACCGCCCAACAGCAGUUUAGGUCCGGGCGGUAUGCCCCCGAUGGCAAUGGCCGGCGGACGGCCGCAGUGGCAACCGAACACGUCAUCGCCCAUGAACUAUUCAUCCUCGUCACCUGGCAAUUACGGUGGUCCACCAGGACCGAGCGGACCGCCCGGACCCGGAACGCCCAUCAUGCCCUCACCUCAAGAUUCAUCUAACUCCGGCGGCGAAAAUAUGUACACACCAAUGAAAGCUGAAUUCCCAAUGGUCGGCGGCUCGGACGGUGGCGGCCCGAUGGGUGGUCCCAUGGGACCAAAUGCCAUGGGCGGACCGGUACUUAACAACGAUGGCCUGGACGGAAUGAAGAACAGCCCGGCGAAUGGUCCCGGAACGCCACGGGAAGACUCGGGCAGUGGAAUGGGCGACUACAACCUCGGUGGCUUCGGUGGACCCGGAGAGAAUGAUCAGACCGAGUCGGCCGCUAUACUCAAAAUCAAGGAAAGCAUGCAGGAAGAGGCGAAACGCUUCGAGAAAGAUUCCGACCAGCCCGACUACUACAUGCAAUAACAUCCUCCUCCUAGCGUUUCUACUACUGCUAUUACUUCUACUACAACAGCAAAUACUACUACUACUACUAUUGCAACAAGUACUACUUCUUCUGUUGUCGAGUUAGCUGUUGCUGAGCUCAUUUGCUCUACCAAUAGGACUACCGCCGCCACUGUUGCCACCACCACAAACAACAACUGAUUUUCCUCUUCUUUUAUCAACCAAAAAGAACACAAAUACACAUACACAAUAGCUUCGACGCAAAAAAAAACAAUCACUCCAGGUUACAUUACUAUCUAUUUUCACUAGUUUUAAACUUCCCAAAACAAUCCCACAAAACUUUCAAUCCUAGAAAUGAUAAUCAUUUUGCUUGAUUUGAUAAGCUGUAUCAGUGGCAACCAAAAACAAAAAUCAGAUAGUUAUCUCGAAACGCAAUCGGAAAGGGAAGGGGAACAAACACCCCUCUCUGCCGAACCCCUCGCAAAUGAUAAAUUCAUUUCGUUAUAUUUCUUAAUGCCCCCCACGUUCCUCCCUACUUUCGUUGCCCAAAUAAGUCAACAAAAAAACUAAAAUGCAAUGGAAAGUGUUAAAGUAUUGUGAGAAAUUGAUAAGGAAAAAAAAACAAACAAACACAAAACACACCUUAUAGGAUAAUUUUACCACUACCAUUAUAAUUCAACGUGGAGGAAAAGAAAGUAAGAACGAGCAGAGCGGAUGGAAAGCAACCACUUACACACAUACACUUAUUUAAGGACAUCAACACACAGGUCUACGAAAAUGUGAAAGAAAGAAAAAAAUGGUAUGGUAAACAGAACAGAAGUGGACAAAGGAAAAAAAUACAUCUGUGUUAGAACUUAUUAUUUUUUCUCGAGCGAGACGUGCAAACAAACAUGAAGAAAAAACAAAAACCAGAAAAAAUAGUGGAAAAUAAUCAUUUUUGUGAAACACAA